CCUUUUUCGGAUACCCGCUUUGAAUAUAGAUCAGAAGAAAGCCGUCAAUAGACGGCGCUGUAAUCGUUUUUUUGUAUAGCAACCAUCCAAAAACAUAAACAAAUAUGUCAAGUACAACAAAAACAACCUAACUAAAUUAAUAUUUAUUUAUUUUAUCUGAAACCAAACAACUAGAUCGAAAAUAUAUAUAAUUAUAUAUGUAUAUAUAAUAUGAGCUCAUUUAAUUCUGCAACAUCUUAUAAUUUUUAUGUUACCAAUGAUUGAACCAAUGACAGGAUAGCGUAUAAAGUCAUGGCAGAUGAUCCCAAUAGAGAUUAUUUGCCAAGAGAUAAUUCUUACUUAGAAAGCUACAGAUCUAUUAAUGCAUUACACAUAGAUCCUCGGGAGCGUUUGGUGAUCAGCAAAUUGAACCGCGAUAUUUUGGAAGACAAGUAUCUGAGACUGAUCGAAGAGUACCAAGAGUUGAAAAAAUUAUGCAACUCUCAGGAAGACAAAAUAAAACGUUUAACUACAAAACUUAUGCGAAUAUCAGCCUCGCCCUCAAGACCUUACACUGCUUCGACGAUAAAUAUCAACAAUGACAAAGACCGCAUCGCGAGUUUGACGCUAGAAAUUAACAAGCUCAAAGAAAAGAUACACGUCUACAGAACCCAACUAUUAAGUCACGGUAUCCUGCGAAGAUCAUGUUCGCAAAUUAGACGAGUGCCAAAUUGCAGUUCAGGCACCACAACAUUUCGAAGCGAAGGCAGACCUAUUAAAUUGGUUCAGUGUCCAAAUUUCGUUGGUGAUAGAGAAGAAAAUGUUGAUAAUCAAAAUGAAAUUAGGAUUGAGGAAUUGGAAGUACAAAAAAAAACUUUAAUAAAUCGUAUUAAAGAAUUAGAAAAUAAAUUAUCGGUUGCCAAAAAUGAAAACCAAAAGGACAAAGUUACUGAGAAUGUCGAGUACAUAAGAGUGUGGCGGCAAAUGAAACUUCAGCAGGAAAAAUUAGUGGAAUAUGAAUCAAAAAAUAAAUUAUUGGUCGAUCAAGUCGAAGAACUGAAGACUAAAAUAUGCGAAGCUAAAAAAAGCUGUGGACGCGUGACCACGACGUUUGUGGAUAAAAAAUUGAUGAGUCAGUUGGAGGAACAGAUAACGCGGUCCCAAAAUUAUCAGUCAGCUCUGCGGGAGAAGGAGGAGCAGAUCCGCGACUUCACUAGCGAAAUCAAGAUCCUGCAGCAGCACAACAACGAGCUGAUUGAGAUAAGCACCAAGUACAGCCAAGUGGAAGUAGAGAAUAUUGAGCUUAAGAAGCAGUUGGCGGAUAUGAUGACCGAUAAUCAUAAUUUGAAGUGUGUCUGCAGUCAUGAGCAGGCUAAUAUUGAGGCACUCAAGGCUGCUAAUGCUCAGUUGAUUGAUAAAUUGCAGGAAAUGCAACGUAGUAUGGAUGUACUGAUUAUUCAAUCAAAGUCACCUAAAAGUCACAAAGAAAAAAUAGAUAAAUCAUAUAAAUGCUGCGAAGGAUGUAAUUGUAGAAAUACUGCCAAUUAUCAAAGUGACGUUGAUUCAAAUAAAAAUAAAAACGAUGAGUACAAGUCACCAAGAAAACCGGCAAUUAAAAAUAUCACUUAUGUCGAGUGUGGAAGCCAAACAGAUUUAUUUGACCGAAGUGAUUUUAUUCAAGUUAAAAACUUUUGCCGUGAAAAAAAUAAAUGUGACAAUAAUAGUGACGAUGAUGUUAAAAAAAAAAAUGACAAUUGUGGUAAUUUAUCAGCAGAAACAAUGCUCAAGUUACUUGAUGAUGCGCAAAUAAAUACACCUCUAGAUGCACAGAAUGUGGCCAAAAUAAGAUCUUUAGAAGGAUUGAGCCCUAGACAUUAUGGCGAAUCGAGUAAUAGACAGAGCUCAAGAUCUUUUUCAUCGCCUACUCAGAUCCAUGAGUACUCCAAAGGGCCCAAUGACUCCGAGCACUGUAAAUUUAUUGAAACGAUCUGCAAUUUAUUGAGAGACUAUUGGAACAGUCAUUGCAGCGACAAGUCGGCAAUAAAUUAUCAAAAAGUACAGCAGAGUAUAUUAGAAUCUUUCAAUAAUCAGCGGCCGGAAAAGCUGACGAGAAGUGUGUGCUUUGAUCGGCAGAGUAAUACCGAAGUUGAAUAUUGCAAGUGUGUUUCCUCGAACUCGUCUGAUGAGAACUGGAGUACCCGAGAUACCCCGACUUGUGCGACUAUAAAUAAAGACAAAGUUGUUUUGCCGAAAAAAAAUUUAAAUUGUCAGACGUGUGAGAGAUGCAUACAAUUAAAUAAAUUAAAUAAUUGCACUUGUAGCGGAAAUACUGAUAAGAAUGACAAUGAAUUUUCCCCGAUUUCGAUAAGUGACCAAGAAGGAUUAGUCGAGAUUCAUAUUCUGUCUUUUCUGCCUUCAGAAUUCGCGGUAAAUAAUUUUUUUAUCAAGUACGACUGCGUGUCACAGCCGUCAUUAUUUUUGAGCUGUGAUUUUUGUCACGAGGAAUCAAUUUCUACGUCGACGAUAAAAUAUCCUCAAUUGAACUUCAAUUCGUCUUAUGUUUACCGUGUGUCGAAUUUAAAAAAAUUUUUCAACUGUAUUUUGAAUGACUAUAUUUAUUUUCAACUCUGCGCGCUUUAUCGGGACAGAAAGCCUCAAGUUAUUGCCUUUGGAAAAGUAAAUGUAAGAAAUAUUCUUGAGCAUCCGCAGAAAAAAAUUAAUUACUUUAUUGGCAUGGAAUGCCCGCCGUGUUAUCAGUGCGAUAAUUUCGGAAAAUUAUCUCUGUGGAUAAGACUGAGCUGUGAUGUUGACAAAGUCAGAAAAUAUUGUAGACUAAAAUGUUUUGAUAAAGAUAUUAAUUCAAUUGAGAGUCAAGAAAAUUCUAUCUCUAGUCCAAAAAAAGCUGAUCCAGUUUCACGGCAUGUCCAGCAAACUAAUGAUAAAAAUAAUAAUAAUAAUGGAAUAGACAAGAGUUCAAAGAGUUCUUCGAAAGUUCCAUCGGCUCUUCAUUCACCUGACACUAUUUCCCGACAAUCAAAGUCGUCGUUUUUAAAAUCACCGACACAUGGAGAAAGUUCUAAUGAAUCAAAAAAUUUUUCUAAGCACUCGAGUUUAAACAGUACAUUUAUUAAGAAAGAAAAACAAUCAGAAACCUCUAGUAUAAAUUAUUCUACUCCGCAAAUGUCAAGUCUAACAGAGCCUCGGGAGUCCGUAAUUACCAAAAGUUCAAAUACUGUCGAAUUUUCUGAUGCAAGUCUGAUAAAUUUUUCUAACCAAAUGAGGGAUGAAGAUAAUAAUGUAAUAGUAAUAAAAAUAGAUCGAUUAAAAUUAUAUAAAAACUGUCCGGUAUUAAAAAAUCCAGACAUUCAUCAAUUAUACAUCGAAUUUUCAUUUUUAGGAUAUCGAGGAUCUGAGUUAGAAACGAAAUCAGUAUCGAAACCUCAAUCGUAUCACGAUGAAAUGUACUUUAAUUAUACUAAAAAAUUUAAACUCGAUGAAAAUGAAAACCCCCAACAGUGGAAUAAACUACGGGCAAUGUUAAAUGGCGCUGAAGAUCCAAAUAUUCAAUUUAAUAUCGUAAGUGAACCGUUAGAAAAUGAAGUUGAAAAAGAAUGCGUCGAAGUCGGCCGCGCGUACUUUGAUUUAAAAAAACAACUGGACAGUGGCAGCGACGAUAUUUUUCUAACAGUAAUGAAUUUAGACGAAACAAAUGCUAUGGGAAUUUUGAAGAUCACUUGCCUUGGUAUCAAUGCAUUCCGCGACCGUUUUUCAAAAUCACCGACAGCCAAAUCCCCUCAAAAAAUAAACUAAAAAAUAUAAAAUUAAUAUACUCUGUGUUUUAAAUUUUUUGUAACUGUUUACACAACAAAAAGAAAUUUA